AUGAAGAUAUCUGUGUCCAAAGCUCAGCUCCACAGAAGUGUCUCAGCAUCUGGUGGUUCGUCGAGAUCUUCCAUCAUGGUGGGGUUUGGUGACGCAUCACGUGAAAUCAUGGACAAGCUCACCAACGGAGUAGACGAUCGCCAACUCCAAGUCAUCCCUAUUGUAGGGAUGGGAGGGAUUGGUAAGACCACUCUUGCUAAACAUGCUUAUGCACUUCCUUGUAUUAAGGAGCAUUUUGAUAUUCGUGCAUGGGUUACAAUUUCUCAAAAUUUUGACACAAGAGAAAUUCUUUGUGAGCUGCUUUCUCAAGCCAACAAAAAAAGCAAGGAAGAAAUGAGUGGAAUGAGUGAAAAUGAAGUAGGAUUAGCACUCCACAAAUAUUUAUUCAAUAGAAGGUUUUUAAUUGUUAUUGAUGAUAUGUGGAGUGUUGAUGCAUGGGAUAAGAUGCAAAAUUUCUUUCCUGAUAAUUGGAAUGGUAGUCGCAUAGUGGUGACGACUAGGCAAUCAAAGUUGAGUUCUCAAUUGAACAAUUCCCCACUCAUUGAACAAUUCCCCACUCAGGCUGUUGCAAAUGGCUGUGAUUUAUUCUGA